CAGGUUAUAUGGGCAGUGUAGGAUUACUUGAAGGUAGAUAUCAUCAGUCAAUAGCCGCUAAUCAGUCAAUGGCCACUCAUCAGUCUGACCAAGGUCUCCCUGUACACUAUAGAGUACAAUCAACUCAACCACAGACUCCCUCUAGGCACAAAUCAGACAAACAGCACAUUUGCCAGCUCUGUAGGAAAACAUUUCAAUCACCAUAUAAACUAGAAAGACACUUAAAGGUCCACACUGGAGAAAAACCUUUUAAAUGUUCAUUUUGCAAUAAGGCAUUUGGACGAAAGGACAAUCUCAAGCAGCACGAGAAUCUCCAUAGAAAGUAGACUUGGAUGGAAAGAUGAAUUUUUUAAUCUUCAGAUUAUUUUAAGAUUUAAUGAAAUAUAACACAAUAAAAUGUUGUAUUGCAUAACACUGGUGGCAGCUUAUGGAAGAUGCAUAGUGAUUUUUUCAGUAAGGAAGGAUUAUACAUUUAUUGUAUAAAUUUCCAGUGAAAUACAAAUAUCAGAGCUGUUCUCCACAAACGUCAAAGUUUUUGGUCCCUGUAGUAUCUACCACAGAUUUGAAUGAACAAAAGAAACAAUCGUGCAUAUUGAAGUUUGGAGAAUCCUGAAUUGCUUUAAAUACAUGCAAAAGACUAUAAAAUACUAUAGAAUCUGUACUUGUUUCUGUUAUAUGUUGUUUCAACAUAUUUUUGUCUGAUAUAAUUUGCAUGCAUGCUUUCUGUUUGUAAUGAUGUCUGUUAUUUGAUGUUUAAAUAAAGAAAUUAAUUUGAAAAAUAUUUUUUUACUUUGAGUAAAUUUGAUAGAUUGAGUACAAAGUCAAAUUGGUGAGCCAGAUAUUAGAGGAUAGCAAAUACUAGUUGUGCAAAUUGCCAAAAAACGAGAGUUGAAUCAAUUAGGAAAAAUUAAACCAAGAGUCAACAAAAAAUAAGUCUUUUGAUGUCUUUGUUUUUGCAAAAAUUAAUAAAGAAAAUUACAUGAAUUCACUUCCAAAGUAGCUCUUUUUCCUGAAUUAGCAUCAUACUUACGUUAUAUUUUUUGUAUU